AUGUGGAGAAGUGACGCUCACCUCGCACACGAGAAGCCCAAGGCCGCGUCUGUGACCUGGCUACCAUAUACCUUGAUUGACCAGGUUCUCGCCGCAGUGGACACCCAGGAGAGGUUUCUCAUCCGUGCUUCAGUCUCUUCGCAAAGAAUGGCGGACAGAGAUUUCCAACCGCAUAAAAUGCGUGCAAAAAUUCGGCCGGUAAUCUUUUGCUUCCCAAUAUCGGCAAACCAUGGAGGUACGUAUCGGAAGUAUGUGAUCCAGGUCCGACCGUCAGCAGGCCCUUCAUUUGGUUCGCGCGUCCGAGCAUUGGCACGUCCUUACAGCUUCAAAGCUUCACAGGUUACUGCGUAUACUCGAACGUCGUUCGUAUGUUCGCAGGUGACCCCGUACGUUCGCAGGUGA